AUGGGUCAAAGUAAUCUAUUGGACUUGCUGCUAUUGUCCAAGAGGAAUCAGAGAUCGAACAAGAGAAAUUAUGACGGUGAGAUGAUAGAUUUGACCAGUGAUGGUGAGGAUGAAUGCUCGAUGGCAAAUGGUGAUGAAGAAGUGAUUCAAGAUGAAGAGACAGAGAAAGGCGAAAAGUUAUUUGUUAAAGAGGAAGAAGAUGGUACCAAGGAGAAUAGUGUUGGUUUGGAUCAAGUUACACCAGAAGUUCAAGAGUCAGAUCCAACACCAGAUCUUAAUGAAACUAUUCCAUGCCCAGUUUGUCAACUAAACAUCUCAAAACUUACUUUAUCUGAUCGUGAAUCACAUGUUGAGCUUUGUCUAUUGCAACCAACAACUCAUAAAUCAAUAGUGGCACCAUCUCCAAAGAAAUCAAAACCAAAACAAGAAUCAUCAAAGAAACCUAGACAACCAAAACCUAGAACAAAACCAAUACCUGAUUUUAAAAUUUUAACUUUUAAAAACAAUCACAAGAUUAACGUUGAUGGAUUCCAAUUUAUGGAUCAUCCCGAAGUGGAUCAAUAUUUCUUAUCUCAUUAUCAUUCAGAUCAUUAUAUUGGAUUAGGUAAAAAUUGGAAUCAAGGUAAAAUUUACACUUCGAAAACUACUUCAAACCUAUUACAAACAGUAAUGAAAAUUCCACAAGACAAGAUAGUUGCAUUACCAUUUAAUGAACCUUUUAAAAUUCAUGAAAAUAUAGAAGUGAUACUAUAUGAUGCAAACCAUUGUCCUGGUGGUGCUAUUUUCCUUUUCCAAGAAUUUGAUCCUGAAAAGAAAAUCAUCAAAAGAAUUUUACAUACUGGAGAUUUUAGAGUUUCAUUAAACCACAUCAAUUUAUUCAAAUCCAUCUUUAUUGAUGAAAUCUAUCUUGAUACAACUUAUUUAAAUCCUGUUUAUACAUUCAUGCCACAAAGAAAAGUUGUUUCAAGAUCAUCAAAUUUCAUUGCAAAUAUAAUCAAUCAAACUAUAAAGAAGAAUUCAAUCUUAAAUUAUUUUAAAGAAUCAAAUGAUUAUUUAAUUAUAAUCGGUGCUUAUUCUAUUGGUAAAGAAAAAUUAUACAUAAAUUUAGCUAAAACUAUUAAAUCCAAAAUAUUGAUUACAAAAGAUCGAUAUAAAAUGUUGAGUUGUAUUGAUGGAUUUACAGAUCUAGAUAUUUUCCAAUUUGAAGAAUCAAAAGAUUGUAAAAUUCAAAUUGUUUCCAUUAAUAAAUUAACAGAUUUGAAAUUUUUAUCAAAGUUUCAAAAUAAAAAAAUUAUCAAGAUAAAACCAACAGGUUGGUCAUUCAAUACUUUUAAAAAAGAUACAAAUAUUAAAGAUCUUUCAUUUGAUGAAAUUUUACAGAAAACAUUCAUAAAUAAUGAAUUUAAAGAUUUUGAAAAUCAAUUAUCAAAUCAAUUUCAAAAAUCUUCAUCUUUAAGUAUUCCAUAUUCUGAACAUUCAAGUUUUAAAGAAUUAUCAAUAUUUGCAAGUUUUUUAAAAUGGGGUGAAAUAAUACCAACUGUUAAUAUAGGUAAUGAAUAUUUCCCUAAAUGGUUUGAGAUAUGGAAGAAUUAUGAAUUGGAUGAAUCUGUUGUUAAUGAAUACUUUAAAGAAUAA